ACCUUUGCAAAUUUUGUCAACUUGUCCUUUCAUACAGCACUAAAUAAUCAAUCAAAUUUGUUAAUGUGUCAUCCCUUUUGAGUAUUUUGAUCAGUGCUGGAAUUGGAAAGAUUUGAGAGAGGUUGACCAUGGAAAGGCCAGAGAGAGCUUCUCAAGACCUUGAGUGUCCACUGAUCGAUCAAUGUUCAGAUAGAAGUAAUGCUCAGAUCAAGUUCCGGGGACAAUGCGAUGAGAUAAUCGCGGAAGCAAAGAAGCUGUUAAUUUUAGCUGGCCCUCUAGUGAUUGUCAACCUCUUGAUAUAUUCCUUACAAGUAAUCUCAAUCAUGUUUGUUGGUCAUUUGGGAGAGUUAGCCCUUUCAGGCGCUUCAAUGGCUACUUCUUUCGCUUCAGUUACCGGUUUCAGCUUGUUGACAGGAAUGGGAACUGCCUUGGAUACCUUCUGUGGUCAGUCAUAUGGAGCCAAACAGUAUCAUAUGCUUGGAGUUCAUAUGCAAGGGGCGAUGUUAGUCCUGCUUCUGGUUUCUUUUCCUCUGGCAUUCAUCUGGGCUAACGCAGGGAGCAUUCUCCUAUUUGUCGGGCAAGAUCCCGAAAUUUCAGCUGAAGCCGGGGUGUAUGCGCGUCACAUGAUCCCCAGUGUCUUUGCUUUCGCGCUCCUGCAGUGCCAUAUGAGGUUUCUGCAAUCACAGAACAAUGUCAUUCCUAUGAUGCUUUGUUCUUGUUUCACAACCAUUCUCCAUGUCUUCAAUUGCUGGUUUUUUGUGGUUAAGUCUGGCCUUGGAAGCAGAGGAGCGGCUGUGGCUAAUGAUAUUUCUUACUGGAUCAAUGUGCUAUUGUUGGCAGCAUAUGUCAGGUUUUCUCCUACCUGCAAGAAAACUUGGAAUGGAUUCUCAAGAGAUUCAUUAAAGGGUGUUCCCAGGUUUCUGAAAUUAGCUAUCCCUUCAGGUGUAAUGAUCUGUUUGGAGAUCUGGUCCUUCGAGAUGAUGGUGCUGUUAUCUGGUCUUCUACCAAACCCAAAAUUGGAAACAUCAGUUCUCUCAAUAAGCCUAAAUACUAGUACUAUGAUUUUCAUGAUACCAUUCGGACUUGGCAGCGCUGUCAGCGUAAGAGUAGCGAAUGAACUAGGUGCUGGAAGGCCAAAUGCAGCUCAAUUAGCAGCAUACAUCGCGUUGUUUGUGAUUGUUAUAGAGGGCGUCUUGACAGCAGCAAUCUUGACGCUGGGGCGCAAUAUAUGGGGCUAUUGCUAUACUACAGAAGAAAAUGUUGUUAAAUAUGUUGGAGCAAUGUUGCUUUUGAUAUCGGUAUCCCAUCUCAUAGACGACUGCCAAUCUGUGCUUUCAGGAGCUGCACGUGGAUGUGGGAAGCAAAAGAUAUGUGCAAUAGUUGAUGUGGGUGCUUAUUACAUACUUGGUCUACCUGCUGGAAUAUUUCUAGCUUUUGUCCAUCAAGUUGGAGGAAAGGGUCUGUGGAUGGGACUAACCGUGGCUCUUUCAGCGCAAGCAAUCAGCCUUUUCAUUAUAAAUUUAAGAACUGAUUGGGAAAAAGAGGCGAAGAAGGCUAAAGAGAGAGCUCAUUGCAUUUCAAUCUCCAAAGAAGAAGUUACAUGA